AUGGCGUCAUCAACUGUAGUUCAUAAUGCCUUUGUCCACCACAGAGAACCAAGCCUGAAAGUCGACCUCCGGCAGCCUUCUUCAGCUUGUGACGAGCCCGCCGCCGGAGAAGAACCAAGCCUGAAAGUCGCCGACGACCUUCCUUCUUCAAGCCUGAAAGUCGCACGGACUUUGUCGACGGCUUCACCCUCGACCGCGGCUUCCAGAUAUUCAUCACGACCUAUCCCGAGGCCCAGAAGCUUCUCGACCACACCGCGCUCGACCUCCAUGGGUUUUACUCCGGCGCCCGGGUUUGCUACUGCAGCGGUUCUGCAUCUUCAGAGUCGCUAUUUGUCCGCCGUGGGCUCGGUUGGCUUAAGACGGCGGCGACAGGAGCUGAGAUGGGCAACCCAUGUAGAUCUGCUUGAAGAGUUUGGGGGUGGGGUUGGGUGCUGGGGGUGGACUUGA